GAAUGUAUAGAGCUUUCAAUGUUUUCUGUCCAAGCAUUCUUAUUUCAUCACCACAAACAAGAAAAAGAAACAAACAAUAUAAUGGGGCUACUUAGAGAGAACGGUAGCAGAGUGUGCUCACUACUCUGUUCAACAAAAUGCAGGUCAAAAUCGUCAUUGCAAGAGAAAUUGCUAGACGAAGAAAGACAGAUGGCAAAGAAGCCUGGAUGGAAAGCAAUGCCUUAUAUCUUAGGGAAUGACACUGUUGAGAGAUUGGCAACAUUUGGAAUGCAAGCAAACCUGACAAUGUAUUUGAUGAAAGUUUAUAACAUGGAUCAAGUGUUUGCUGCAAACAUCAUUAACAAUUGGUAUGCCAUCACCAAUGUUCUUCCAGUCCUUGGUGGCUUUCUUGCUGAUGCCUAUUUAGGAAAAUUCCCAACAAUCGCCAUUGCAUCCUUUGCCAGUCUUACGGGUAUGGUGGUAGUAAUGCUAACAACAUGGGUGCCACACAUUCAUCCAACACCAUGCACUCUCCAACAACAACUCCAUGGUGUUUGCAAAGGGCACACAACAUUGCAACUAACCGUCCUACUCAUAGGCCUAUUCCUCCUUUCCAUAGGAACAGGAGGAAUCAGGCCUUGCAGCAUUCCGUUCGCCAUCGACCAAUUCGACUUGACAACGGUCGAUGGACGGCGCGGAACGACAAGGUUCUUUAAUGUGUAUUACACCACACAAACAUUGAUCAUGCUGAUGAACCAAACUCUGUUGGUUUACAUCAUGGAUUCUGUUAGUUGGACUCUUGGUUAUGGUUUGCCAGUUAUGUUUAUGUUGGUUUCCAUUUUUGUUUUCUUUGCGGGGACUAGGGUUUAUGAUUUUGUUAAGCCACAGGGAAGUAUAUUCUCUAAGAUUGCUCAGGUGGUGGUUGCGGCGGUGCACAAGCGCCACCUUUCUUUGCCUCCUAAUCUUGAAACUCAGGAAGCUUUUUAUGAUCCUCCGCUUCAGAACGAUGGAGAACCAAACCUACCUCUUACAUAUAACUUCAGGUGGCUAAACAAGGCUGCUCUUAUUGGUGGAGAUGAAAUGAACAUGGAUGAAUCAAGCAGAGAUCCAUGGAGACUAUGCAGCAUCCAACAAGUAGAAGAGCUGAAAUGCUUGCUUAAAAUGAUACCAAUAUGGAUAUCCACCAUCAUAAUCUUCCUUCCAGUGGUACAACAAUCAAUAUUCCCAGUCUCACAAGCCCUCAAAAUGGACAGGCACCUAUCACACAACUUUGAAAUGCACCCUGCCUCAGUAUCCGUCAUAACAAUGCUAACAAUCGGCGUAUGCCUCCCUAUCUAUGACCAACUCCUCGCGCCGGCCCUCGAGAAACUCACUAAACAAGAAGGAGGCCUCACGGUCCUCCAGAGAGUCUCGCUGGGACAUGGCGCAGGGAUAUUGGCCAUGAUAGUAGCCGGAUUUGUAGAAAUCCGGAGGAGGCGUCUCGCGCUAGCCCUAGACGCGCCGGACGGGGUUGCACCAAUGUCAGUCCUGUGGCUUGCACCUCAAUCAAUGCUAAUUGGAUGCAUUCAUGUGUUUGGAGAAGUUGGCAACACUACAUUUUUCAAUAGAGAAUCACCUGAGGGAAUGAGAAGCAUAAGCAACUCUUUGCUUUGUCUAAAUUUGUCAUUUACUAGUAACCUUAGCAAUGUUAUAAUAAAUGUUGUGCAUAACUUCACUGGCAAGAAAGGAGAUCAACAUGGUUGGCUUUAUAGUGAUAUUAAUAAGGGUAGGUUGGAGUAUUUCUAUUUCAUCAUUGCAGGGUUCAUGAUGUUGAAUAUGUGCUAUUUCAUCUUCUGUGCUCGUCGCUAUACUUAUAAAGUUACAAGGUCAAUGUGAGAGGACCAAGAAAGAGAAUUUAACAAUCAACAUAAACAUAUAUGGUAGUGUUUGUUUGUUUAAUUAUCUUAUUAUAUUAUUAUGCUUAAUAAUUAGUAGGCAUUCACA